UGAAAUUUCUUCAGAGACUUUAAGUUGCAGUUGACAAGACAUUUGAUUUGCAACGGUACAAUUCGAAGCUUCAAAAUUCGGCACCACCAUGACUUCUCGAGCGGCUGAUUUGUGGGAAGAACUCAUAGCUGCUGAAAAACAUCAAUUUGUUUGUCCCUCCGAUCAACCUCAGGAACCAAAUUUUGCUGUUGUAUAUCGACGCCAAAAAUCCCAUAUUAUUCCCCAAGAUGCUGACAGGAGGAAAUCAAAUUCAACUUCUAGUUACGAGAAUCGGCUGAGUUUUCUCCCUGUUAAACGAAUCAGUUGGAAUCGUUCUCUUUCUACUAGAGGGAGAACUAGUGUUGCUGCUACUGUAUGUGCCGAAUUACAUCCUCAAAAAAGGAAGCCUGGACGAAAAGCAAAACCACCUCUUCCAAGGGGUAAAAAAGUUGAAGCUGCAAACUAUGAUGAGGAGCGAGCAUAUUUUCAAGAAGUUGAUGAUUUUGAACUAAUGGUAGAAAGCCCCUCCCCAAACAAAUACAGUACAUGGACUACAGGCGUCCAAACUGACGAUAUCAUUAUAUCACGUCUGUCCUCAGUUCUACAGAAAUGGUUGAUUUCAAAGAAACUUAACCAUACCUAUGCACCCCCAGCUUCAUUAUCGAAGAUAUUAGAAACCCCAGCCUCACGCAAAGAUUCUGCUUGUGGAGUUAUUUAUGGAUCCUCAAAUGUGAAAACCCCUGAAAAAAAAUCAUUACGAGUUCCCUCUGGCUUGUACUCCACCCAGAACAAACACACUGGUUCUAGAAAUGAAGAUGUGUCCGGAGGGCGGCCUUUAUCAGAAACAGGCAAUGGAGAAAUAUGUCCCAUGGAUGAGGAAGGUUAUGAAGAUAUUGAAGUUGGUGUUAGUAAACUUUCUCUGACUUCCAGGCCUUCUUCAGUGGAUGCUCACACUUGGGAUCCAUUUUUGGCUCUAUUGGCAGCAUGUGGACAGUCUGCUCCUUUAACACUACUGGAGAUACUAUCAAAGUAUUGUGAGCCACAAACAAUUGCCAAGGUGGGCGAAGGCACAUUUGGUGAGGCCUUUAAGGUUGGCGAAAAUGUCUUCAAAAUUGUCCCAUUUGAUGGAGAUUUACGAGUAAAUGGAGAAAUCCAAAAGAAAUCAGAAGAACUACUUGAGGAGGUCAUACUCUCUGGUACCCUUAAUAGCUUAAGAGCUCAUGAGGGUCAUCUCCUGAAUUCCUGUUCCACCUUUAUACAGACAAUGGACAUGAGGGUGUGCCAGGGCCAUUAUGAUGCAUCUCUGUUAAAAGCGUGGGAAGACUGGGAUGGGAAGCAUGGUUCAGAAAAUGAUCAUCCUAAGGAAUUUCCAGAAAAACAGUGCUAUGUUGUCUUUGUUCAAGAACAUGGAGGUAAGGAUCUUGAGAGUUUUGUGCUCUUGAACUUUAACGAAGCGAAGAGUUUAUUGGCCCAGAUAACUCUUGCUUUGGCUGUAUCUGAAGCUGCAUAUGAAUUUGAACAUCGCGAUUUGCACUGGGGAAAUAUUCUAUUACGUCGGAAAGGUUCAGAUACGGUGCAAUUCACUCUUGAGGGAAAUGAAAUACAUGUCAAAACAUAUGGAUUAUUGGUUUCGAUAAUUGACUUCACUCUUUCAAGGAUAAAUACAGGUGAAGACAUACUUUUUCUGGACCUGUCAUCAGACCCUGAACUCUUUGAAGGUCCAAAAGGAGAUAAACAGUCUGAUACAUACAGGAAAAUGAGAGAUGUCACAGGCGAAUUUUGGGAAGGAAGUUUCCCCAAGACAAAUGUGCUGUGGCUACAAUACUUGGUUGACAUACUGUUGCUAAAGAAAUCAUAUGAAAGAACCUCCAAAGAUGAGAGGGAUCUACGUUCUCUAAAAAAACGCCUAAAUGGCUAUGGUUCAGCAAGAGAAGCAACAUCAGAUGUUUUCUUUUCUGACAUGUUCGUUAACCUCCAGCAUUGACUGGCCAAAAGAACCCCCAAGAAAACGGUAUUAUUUGCUUUUGUGCCUAUGAGAGGUUUGUAUCAAGAAACCAACUUGGUUUCCUUUUCUUCUUUUGUCUUCAUUUUUCUUCUGUAUCAUAUUUUUUAUUGUAAACAAUGUUAAGACCCCUUAGUGGAUCUCCAGUAGUUGGAAUAUGAUAAGCAUCCUUCAUAGGACGUUGAAUUCGUGUGGUUGCCGAAAUUUUUUUACUUGAAUUACUGUAACUUCUUCCCAUUUAUCUAAGCCACGGUGGGAAGGGUAACUUUGUAUA